UAUAUUCCAGUUUUAAUUUUUUAAAAAAAAGGAAAAGUAAAUUUAUAAUUAAAAAAAAAGUUGAAAUGUCAGAUUUAAUUGGUAAUAUUUUGGAGCAAAUUAUUGAUAAAGUAGCAAUGGAAUUAAUGGAAAUUCAAUGUAAUGAAAAUGUUAUACGUGACUUACAAGAAGAAAAAAUUUCUUCAUCAACAAUAGAAAUGAGAUCAUCGAGAAGUCGUAAUUCUGGAUUAAAUGAUAAUUUUAGCUGUCGAAUUUGUUACGAUUCACAACGAAAUAUGCAAAUUGUUUUUCCUUGCAAAUGCAAGGGAUCUAUCGGAGCAAUUCAUUUGACAUGUUUGGAAAAAUGGCUCGAGGAAAGCAAUAGAAGUAGUUGUGAAUUAUGUGGACAUGAAUUUCAAGUGGAAAGAACACUUCGUUAUCGUGUUAUUGAAUCAAUUGUUAUUUGGUUGUGUCUCAAACAACAGAGACAACGAAAUUAUGUCCAUAAUCUUCAUUCUGAUUUGCUUCGUUGUAUAAUUGUUACACCAUUAACAAUUGCAUGUUCUUAUAUUUGCAUUAUUGCCGCUGAUUUUUAUUCACAAAAUAAUUAUGAUCAUUUUCCACCAGCGCGUUGGACAACUUAUUCAUUGUUGGCAAUGAUAUCACUUAUUCUUUUCUCCUAUUUUGUUUGGACAUACACGGCCAUUCAACAUCAUCAGAAGAUUUGGUAUUAUUGGUGGCAAAGAACGAGUAAAGUCAAAGUCACUCUUCCUGAAAUUGAUGAAAAUCGACAAAUUUCAUUGUCUGAUAAAUAUGUAUCUGAAACUAUUUUCUAAUUCAUUAAUUAAUGAGAUUAAAAUAAUGGAAAAUUAAUUAAAAUUAAAUUUUUCUCAA